AUGGCGCCGCCUUGCCCCAGUUUUCCUGUCCGUCACCUAGCCGCGGCUGUCCAAACUAGCGAGGAUGGGAAGGUCCGAAAAACCGAGAAUGGACGACGAAUCGAUUUGGCGGGCGAUUGCGAACUGUUCGGCCUCGUUCAGUAUGAGUGCAUCGUGGCGCGCCCUGAAUUGGGCGAUAGCCCUGUGCAGUGCUGGCCAGUGCAGCGAUGGUUUCGUAGGUGUCAGGACAAAAAAGGCAGUUUUACGGCAGAAACAACAGUGUGGGAAGGAAGGUCUCUAGCAGUUACCCCAACAGAAACCGGUGGCCCCCAGGGGCAAGGUGUGCACAUGACCACUCCAGCACAGGUUGCUGCAAAGAAUAAUAUCUCCAGUUAA